GCUCCGUCGUGUGAUAUGUCAAAUGAGCUCAGGACAAUCCGACGAAUGGUCAGAUGAGUCAUGUUGGCGUGGGGGAAAGAUGCCGCGUUCACGUACUAUCCAAGUUAUCUGGAGCUCCUAGUUCGAAGUGGGAAAUUUCAUUUUAACGACCCUCUAAAUCGUCAUUUCAGGGGAAACUCGGGGAAAUGUUUGUUACCUGAGUUGUGACGUUUCACCACAUACCCAUUUACCUUUUCAACCAAACUAUGACAACCAAUCCUUUGUUGACAAUCACAACCCCCCCGUGUACAGGAUACUACUACCUAUUGAGAUUUAUGCCGCGUUCUGAUUCGUUGAAACUGCACUUGUAUCACUACAACCAGUUAGCAAUUCGGAAGAAUUAUACGGUUUUAGUUCUGACUCGCACUUGAAAGCAGCAUCCGUUUAUUAUAGACGCGUCAACAAGCAGAUGUGCUUACAAGAACAGCAUAUUCGUUUCACUCCUUUUUACCAUCUGAAACAGACUUCUGGAAGAAAAAAAACCGCAUUGGCUACACAAUGAGAUUAAUUUACAAGGCAAAGUGUGUAUUAACAUUUGCAUUCUGUGCCUUUGUGCUGCUCUUCAUAGCCUACUUCACACCCACAUCAGUAAGGUACUUGGAGGGGUUCAUUCCCAUGAGCCGAUGUCCUCAAGCCCCUGCAGAGAAGCUGAAGCUGGGGAACAGUAUAGAUGCCUCCUUAGACCUCUGGUCCAGAGGUGAUGUUCAGACCUGCACUGACUGGGGAGCCCCUGUGAUCUGGGAUGGGAUGUUUGACCCAGAUCAUUACGACCAGGAGCACAGGAUGAACCACUCAUCUGUGUCUCUCACUGUAUUCGCUGUGGGCAGGUAUCUAGAUGCCUACCUGAAGGCAUUCCUUCUCUCUGCUGAGCGUCACUUUAUGGUGGUUUUACCUGUGACAUACUAUGUGUUCACGGACGUUCCCGAGAGGGUACCAGACAUCCAUCUUGGUUCUAGGCGUAGCCUGAAAGUUGUGAGGGUGCAGAGACACUCUCGCUGGCAGGACAUCUCCAUGAUGCGUAUGAGGGCCAUCGCAGAUGCCAUCGAGUCACAGAUUCGUCACCACAGCCAGUACGUCUUCUGCUUUGACGUGGACCAGGUGUUUGUGGGUCGGUUCGGCUCCGAGGCUCUGGGAGACUCUGUUGCUCUGCUCCACGCCUACUACUACCACCGACCACAGAGCCUCUACACCUACGACCGCAACCCCAGGUCCAGGGCCUACAUGGAGACUGGAGACUUCUACUAUCAUGCUGCUGUGUUCGGAGGCUCGUGGCGAACUGUGAAGAAUAUGACGGAGACCUGUUACCAGGCCAUCAUGGAGGACAAAGAGAACCAGGUGGAGGCUCUGUGGCAUGACGAGAGUCACCUCAACAAGUACCUGUGGCUCCAUAAGCCCAGCAAAGUGCUGUCUCCAGAGUACUGCUGGGACAAGAACAUUGGCUACCGUGGUGACAUACAUGUGGUCCGCCUGCUCUGGUCAGAGAAGAAAUAUGACUCACUCCGGGUUACAGAGUUAUUGUGAGGGUGACUACGGUCGGUGUCUAAAUGCAUGGAUACUUUUGGCCACGAGAACGGUGUGAACCCCCUCUAACCAGCUGAAGAAGAGCGACAAAGGUGUUCAAUAUGGCUCUGUCUGCACCCCUUUCACCGAGAGACCUGAGUCAGAGCCAGCAACCAAUCAAAGCUAUCAACUGCUUUUUCUCUCAGGCGUGUGACAGGAGUCCACGUGGAGUAAGCAUGAAGAGAGAUCCGUUCCAAAACUUCUCAUGUUGCUGGUAUGCUGGUUGGCAAAUGGUCAAGAUAUAAUGGGUGGUAGAGGUGGGGGUGGCCGAGAUGGGACAUUGAACUUGGGACAUUAUCAUGGGCCAUCCACUUGAACUAUGAAGCUAUCUGAAGAAGACUAAGUGCCUGAAGGGGGGGGUGAAUUAAGAAUGCAUUGGGAUACUGAUCUGUGGUUAUAAUGUGAAUCACUGAAGCAUUGUCGUUCAAAUUUUGGUUUGGAUAAUUAAUUGGGUUUUGAUUAUGAUUUGGAAACUGAAUGAUUUUUUUGUUGUUGAAAACUGACCAAUUGAUUUGAGUACGUUCACUAUAUGAGUGAAGCAAUUCAUGUAUUAUGGAUUUGUUGUUUCGAUUGAUGUUAAGCUAAUCAAAUUUAUGUCACAUACACAUGGUUAGCAGGUGUUAAUGCAAGUGUAGCGAAAUGCUUGUGCUUCUAGUUCCGACCAUGCAGUAAUAUCACCUAACAAUUUCACAACAAUUGUGACAUGGGUGAAGAAGUUGUGUACUGAAGAUGUUGACACUAUACUCAGCAUGCCCUGGUGAAGGGAGAGGGUAACUCUGAUCCUGAGAGUCAAAUUAAUUUAUCUAUAUCUAUUACCAAAUUACAUUUUUAUGAUAUUGGUCCAAACCCUGAGCACGGGGCCCAAAUUGAUCUAAUGGCCCAUUUGGUUUGUGUACAUUGUCCUAAGAGGAGCAACUACAGAUGGUGUUUAAAGGGAAGAUGUGGUCCCAGAGUCAGUUAAUUCCCUAAAUAUUAUUUGAUAUAGAAAAGACUGUGCUGAUGGCAGAAAGAGAUUCAACUCAGUAUCCCAACGGAGGUUAUUUACCAUGUAUGGCAGGGCCGAGCACCAGAAGGGUUUUUAAUCGCUCUUAUUUUCAUUUGAUUGUUUUAACGCUGUAAGGGUUUAACUGAAGGUUUAAAAGAAACUUCAUUUCUUAAAUGGGGAAUGUGAGGGCAUUUUCUGUUAAACCUUACUAAUGCUUUUGUACUAAAAUAUCCAUCUUUAAGCCUACUCACUGGGCUUGAGUUCGUUUCUUUUAACUCAUAUGAUAGAAAUGUGUGUGUAUGCAUUAGAGGCCUGUUCUAACUUCUGUGUGUGUAGCACGACCAUAUCCGAUUGCUCAGCCAAGAGCUGACAAACUAACUGGUUCCUCUUAGCUCAACUGGAGACAGGGGAAGUGUUACUCUGCACACCAGUGCAAUUGUUCUGUUUGGAGCCUGUUUCGUGUGUGUGUGACCAGUACAACCACAUGUCAUCUGGGCUGACAGUCUAAUACACUUGCUUGCCCAAAUUGGGGGAACCGUU